GGCUGGGCUGGGCUGGGCUGUCCUGUCUCUGUGUCUGUGGUGCCGGCUCCCCGCGGUCACUCUGCUGCUGCCGCCGCCCAUGGACACCCCGGUGCCGGCGUCGGACUGCGCCGUGUGUCGCUCCCCCGGUCUGGGUGCCAGCGCCCGGCGUCUGCCCUGUGGUCACCGCCUGUGCUCCGACUGUGCCCGAUACUCGGAUACAGCGCUGGGUGGCAGCCUGGACUGUCCCACCUGUAGUGGCCCCGUCACUGCCCCGCUCCCCGCACUAGAUGUAGCAACAGCAGCAGCAGGUGGACGGGCCGAGCGGCUGUGUCCCCAACACGGGCAACCCCUACAACUCUUCUGUCAGCAGGACGGCCAGUGUGUGUGUACAUCGUGUAUGGAUAGUGGAUCUCACCGGGAACACACCGUCACCUCGCUGGAUACUGCCCGGGACUCGCUCAAGGAGAAACUGAAGAAGGAAGUUGAGAACCUGCGUAUAAUCCAACAGGAUUGCCACUUCAAGCACCAGGACAUGACAAUCUCAGAGUCGGACAUAAAGACACAGAUCGACCAGCUGAAGAGAAACCUGACGAAGAAGUUUACGGAGUGGAGGAAGUGUCUGGAGGAGGAUGAGGAGUGUGCACUGAAGGUGAUCGACACUGAGGGGGAGAAGGUGUUGGUGCCGAGCAGGAGGAGCGGCGACGAGUUGAUACAUAGGAUGAACCAGAUCAAGCUGAUUGACGACGAGACACGAAGCCUGGUGCAGCAAAGCCCUCUGCAGUUUAUCCAGGACUCCAGCCAGCUCCUCCAGAAAGUUGCGGAGGAGGAGAAGGUGCCGACUCCCGAAGUCCCGAAGCUGGUCCUCAACCUGUGCAGUGCCCCGGAGGCCAUCAAGAAACGCCUGAGAAGCUCCUUCAUGUACCAGUCGGCCAUCUUGGGAACCACCACCCAGUGGUCUUCGCUGACGUUGGACCCUGACUCUGCGUACUGGCUGCUGAACGUGUCGGAGGAUGAGAAGACUGUGAUGUUUGGCUACAUGGGGGAGAACUCGUGGCACAACUCCAAGAUGUUUGAGAACAUGCACCAGGUGCUGUGUGCGCAGAGCUUCACGGCGGGCUGCCACUCGUGGGACGUGCGGACGGGAGGCGUGGCGUGGGGGGCCGGCGUGGCUUACGGCAGCAUUGAGCGCGGCGGCCUGGGCUCCUACUUCACCAGCAGCCCCAAGUCGUGGUGCCUGUAUUUCUACCGCGGGACGCUGACCGCCUGCCACUGCGACCAGCACGCCUACCUGCUGGAAUUCCCCGCCACCAGCAGGGUGCGCCUGCAGCUCGACUACGAGGGUGGCACUCUGGCCUUCUACCAGGUUGGAGAACAACACCGCCACCUCCACACCUUCCACACCGCAUUCACCGAGCCCGUCUACCCCGCCUUCUCCUGCUCUGGAAACUCCUCCCUCAAACUCUGCUGAAACAACCCGCCCCACAAGGGUCGGCUCUCUGUCCCGCAAUGCCCGGGGAGGAGAGGGGAGGGUGUGUCUGUCACCAAGUCCCUCACCCCUCAAAACGCCACCAAAGCGCUAGCUAUUACACAUGUUACACAAAUCUCCACAGAUGUUGUCCUACACGCUGUUACUCCAGUACGCUGCAUCUUUUCUAUAAAACUAAACCACUUCCAGUUUCUAUACAAAACAUCCAUCACAUGCCUCUCUAGUGGCCCAUUCAUCACCACAAAUCUUUCUCAGCACUGAAAACCACCCAGCCAAAUUCCACAUUCCACCUCCACACAAUUAGUGCUCAGUCAUAAAGCAGUGCAGAUGGGAAACAGGCCCUUCGGCCCACUGUGUCCAUGCUGACCCAUUCCAACUCAUCCUCGAGGGACCUGUAGGCUUUGAGCAUCUGACUUGGCCUUUCUAAAAAUUAUGCUUCAAUAGCUAUCUUUAACCAAUCUAUUGGAGAAAUCUAUAACACCUGCAACAGGACGAGAGAUUGAUUAGAGACAUGGCUAAAGAUUUAUGUUAAACUAACCCCAGCAUCUUGCUUCACUGCUUGCACUAGCACCUGAGCCCAGAACAUGACACCCACGCCAGGCCACGCUCUUCGUGCUGGUCCCAGAAGCGGAUUCGCAAUCACGCAUUACAAUCGUUGCAGUCUUAAACCUCUCCUCCAACAGCUGACUCUAUCUUGCACAAAACAUCAUCUGCGGAUAGCUUGAUUGUAAUCAUGUAUUGUCUUUCCGCUGACUGGUUAGCAUGCAACAAAAAGCUUUUCAUUGUACCUCGGCACACGUGACAAUAAACUAAACUAAGCAUCCUCCAUGUUUUGUACUGGCCGCCUGUUUUGUGAUGUCAAGAAUUUCUGCACUAAAUAAACUUGAGCAAUUAAA